UGAUAAAAUAGCGGACGGAUCCAGUGAGUAAGAGACGGCUAACGGGAUCAUAACACAACCGUCUCUUCUCUGCGAGCUUUUUCAGAGUUCAGGCGUGUUUUUCUCAUGAGGUUGUUUUUGCCCUUUCUGCCGACGCACCUAAUUUCUGAGUAUGUGCUAUAAAGGAGAGCAAAUUGGCCAUAACUGCAACCACUAAUGCUCACACGCACGCACGCACACACGCACACACACUUCUUCACACACACUUUACCUCCAUGCCAGAUUUCAGCAUCCUGGGGGUGAAAACUGUGACCGCCAAAGGGAGGGGAAAUUCUUGUGGACCGACUGACAGAGCGAGCUGAAACAUUUAAAAAAUAUCCGAGAGCUGCACAGCUUCAUCCAGGAAUGUGUAAAAGUGAACAGAAUAAAGUAUAACGUGUGUGUGUGUUUCUGUCACUAAUGUGAGCAUGUGAACUUUAUUUUCUCAGAGUCUCUGGAGCUGAUCGCCACCGCAGCAGAACACUCCAACGCCGCCAUCAGGAAGAUGGAGCGGAUGAGGAAGCUGCUGAAAGUGUACGAGCUGCUGGGAGGAGAAGAAGACAUCGUUAACCCGACUAACGAGCUCAUCAAAGAAGGACACAUCCUCAAACUGUCCAACAAGAACGGCACCACGCAGGACCGAUACCUCAUCCUGUUUAACGACAGGUUGCUGUACUGCGUCCCCAAGCUGCGUCUGAUUGGUCAGAAGUACGGCGUCCGUGCUCGCAUCGAUGUGGACGGGAUGGAG